AUGAUUCGGAGAACAGGUCAAAAAGGAUACAAGCUACAUCAAGGAGCAAAUCGAUUCUUUUUGGCAGGUUUCAUUAUGACAAGUGACGAUAAUCCUUUACCAUUCCUUGCCAGCUUGGUUGUCAUGAUUGCACUUCCUGCUCUUUGGUUCAUUUUCGUUGCACCGUAUACCUGGCAUCAUAUUUCUCCUGCGCCUGUGAUUGUCUUUGCGUACCUGUUUGCUGUCGCGAUCACAAGCAUGUGCGUCACAGCUUGGAGAGAUCCGGGUGUGAUCCCGAGAGAUUUGGAUCCUGACCCACCUUGCAGAGCAGGCGAAGACGGUCAGUAUAUCGAUACGAGUGACCCUCUUGCCGUUCCGCUACCACGGAUCGUUCGAGUGAGAAACGGAACGGAUCUCCAGGUCAAAUGGUGCGAUACAUGCGGUACAUAUAGACCUCCAAGAUGCAGUCAUUGCAGAGUUUGCGAUAAUUGCGUGGAGAAUAUCGAUCAUCAUUGUACCUUUCUCAACACAUGUAUCGGACGAAGGAACUACUUUACCUUUUUCGCUUUUUUGAUCGCGAGCAUCUUGUGUGCCUGUAUCUCGAUCGUCUUUUGUGUUUUACACAUUUAUUGUCUUACCAGAUCGCCACAGACAACCUUACCGGCAGGAGGAUUCGGAGAAGGGAAAUCAUUCCAGCAAGCUCUCAAAACGACUCCACUGAGUGCGGUCAUUUUCUUCCUCUCAAUCGCAGUCUUAAUUCCGAUAACAACGCUAUUUUGCUAUCAUAUUCGGCUAAUCUGUUUAAAUCGCACAACGGUUGAACAAAUUCGAAUCAACACGACAAAAGCAUAUAGCGAAAAGCCAAGUUAUGACGAAGAAGCAGGUGAAGGAGGAUCAAUUGCACCGCCAAGUGCAUUGAACCGUUGUUAUCCGAACCCGUUUGCUUAUCAAAGUAUGCUACGAAACGUACGUGCAGCAUUAUUAAGACCAAUGACGGCAGACAGUUGGAUGGAUCGUUAUAGACGCACACAUAUUGAUGGAAGAAAGCCAAGUCCAGACAAUAAUAGCCAUCAUUCACGUAUAGGUCAACCAAUCCCGAGUUAA